GCAUACACCUAUGAGGACUAAUUAUAAGACAUAGCAUUGAGCUUAGUCCAUGGCACCUCGCAAUGCGUUGUGGCAAUACGAAAUAUCCAUGACUGCUCAAAGAUUUUCAACUAGGCCUGUAAAGAUAGGGGCCAAUUAUUAAAGCCUUAAAGCCUCAGUACAUUUUGGGACAUACAAACUACAGUUAUUGCUCAAAGUUUCAAUUGCACAGUCGUACGUGAUAAUUACAUAAGAUCUGGGUGGCAUCUUACACGGGAUGGAGCCGUUGUGUAUAAAAGAGGAGUCCUCGGCACUCAGGCUCAGCUCCUUUCGCCAUCCACAUCUAUCGUUUAACACAUAUACAACUCAAUUGAGGUGCCAAAUAUACACGCACAGCUUACAAUAUGUCCCAUACAGUCGCAGUUUACGGUCUUAACGGUCUUCUCGGAAUUCACGUCAUCAACGCUCUUCUCUCUGAGCCAUUUGUAUCAAAGAUCAAGACACCAAUCAAGCUCAUCACUCACUCUGCCAAACGCAUUGUUGAGUCUGACAAGGUUGAAUACGUUGACAUCAAUCAAGUUGGAUUGAAGAAAGCAUUCGAAGGUGUGGAUGCCGUUGUCAACUUGGCCAACUUCCCUCACGGUGCUAAUCAGGACGUUAUCGAUGCCGUCGUUGAAGAUAACGUGAAACUAUACAUUCCAUCCCAGUUCGGUACUGAUAUCGUUGCAGCUCAAAAGACAUUCCCUGGCUUCUUACAACCGAAGGUUGAUCAUUCCAACGCUGCAAGAGCUGCUGGUGUCAAGACUGUUGAUAUCAUCACAUCUCUCUUCGUCGCACCAGAUCAACUGUUUAUGGGUCACCCAUUGUCGAUCUUGAACUUUGACAGUGAGAAGAAUGAAGUUGAGAUUGUGGGGGAUGAGAACACGCCAAUUAACCCAUCCUUCUUAAACGACAUCGGUAAAGUUGUCGCUGCUCUUGUCACCAAAGAUGACUACUCAUCCAUCCCUGAUACCGUUAGAGUAUACUCUGGAAAGGUUACCUUGGGAGAUUUAGUUGAACAUUACAACAAGACACACAAUACAUCCUUGAACAAGAAAUAUGUUAAGCCAGAGGCUGUUAUUGAACAAGCGAAGAAUACACCAUUCUCAUUCGAACACUUUGUUCUCUACUUGAGAGCCAUUCUAGCUGGUGGGGAAGGUAACGGUAACAUCUUUGAAACCGAGAAUGACAGAGAGUUUGUCAACCCUGAUGAAUCUCUCUUCAAAUGGACAAAGUAUAACAUCUAAGGAUAACCGAUGUGCAGUGCAAUAGGGGUUCUCUGUUUAUAUACAAUUUACAAGCUUUCUGA